GUGAGACAGCUGCAGGUUUCCAUCUGAAUUUCUGUCCUUCCUUAGGAUCUUAAACAUUUGAGGUGAGCAAGCAAUGCGUGUGUAUUGGAGGAAACUGGAAUCUUGGACAAAUACGACAGUGGGAAGGGAGAUCUACUCCAAUAAAGUGACCGCAAAGCAAAAAGGGCAAGCACAACACAUUUUAACCCCAUCUAAGCCUCAUUUGGAUUACUGACCAGAUGCAGAAGAUUUCAGAGCAACUGUGAAGGUCAUUUUGAUGCUUGGAAAGAUGAGUGCCCUUUCAACCGGAAUUCUGGAUGGAAAACCUAGCUGAACUUUGGAUUAUGCUUAGAAACAGUCCUCCAAAGCAAAGACUGAACAUGUUGCUUGCCCAUGACAUGGAUGAAAACACUGCUCCUUUUCUCACCCCAACACCAGGGUUACCACUACAGAAGAACCACCAUGUUGAAACCUCUACCUCUCCGUCAAGCCAUGAGAUGACUGAGUUACCCAAGGAACACAUGCUUGAGAAAAAUGGUACAGUCUUGCAGUUGAUGCCAAGAGAAAUCAUAGCAGCCAGCCUGCCUUUGGGGGUGUUGUGGCUAUUGUCCAUCUUUGGAAACUCCCUCGUUUGCCUAGUGAUCCACAGGAGCAGGAGGACCCAAUCCACCACCAAUUACUUUGUGGUCUCCAUGGCUUGUGCAGACUUACUCAUUAGUGUGGGGAGCACACCAUUUGUGCUUCUUCAGUUAGCUUCUGGCAGAUGGACACUUGGGAGCAUGAUGUGCAAGCUAGUAAGAUAUUUUCAGUAUCUCACACCUGGUGUGCAGAUCUACGUGUUGCUCUCCAUCUGUGUUGACAGGUUCUAUACUAUUGUCUAUCCACUGAGUUUCAAGGUGUCUCGAGAAAAAGCUAAGAAAAUGAUUGUAGCAUCUUGGAUCUUUGAUGCUGCACUGGCGUCUCCAGCUUUCUUUUUUUUUGGAUCAGGAUGGGACAACCACUGCAGGUUUUUCCCCCCGUAUUCCUGGGAUGGUGCAGUUUACAGUAUCAUCCAUUUAUUGGUGGCUUUUUUGAUUCCAUCUGUUCUCAUAAUUAUUUUUUACCAGAAGAUAAUCAAAUAUAUUUGGAGAAUAGGUACAGACAGUAGAACAGUUCGAAGGACAAUGAAUAUCGUUCCAAGGACAAAAGUGAAAACUAUCAAGAUGUUCCUCAUGCUAAAUGUAUUUUUCCUACUCUCAUGGCUCCCAUUUUAUGUAGUUCAACUUUGGCACCCUCUUGAAACGGAUUACAGAAAGAGCUCCUUGGUUUUUAUGUUGAUUAUAUGGAUAUCUUUUAGUUCCUCAGCCUCAAAGCCUACCUUGUACUAUGUGUAUAAUGCAAACUUCAGGAGAGGGAUGAAGGAGACCUUUUGCAUGUCCUCCAUGAAAUGUUACCGAAGCAAUGCAUAUACUAUCACUACUAGUUCAAAGAUAGCAAAAAAAAAUUAUGUUGGAAUCUCAGAAGUCCCAGUGCCAACCAAAACAGUUUCAAAAGACUCCAUUUAUGAUUCAUUUGACAGAGAAGCAAAAGAGAAAAAGCUUGCCUGGCCUAUUAAUUCAAACCCACCAAAUACAUUUGUCUGAUCAAUUGGGUUCUUUCACCAAUUAUUAUUUACCACUAGGCUAAAGAACUUUCUCCCUCUUUUGACAGAUUCUGUUUACAUAUUGCAUAAAAUUUGGCAGGGAAAAAGAAACCGUUAGUUUUAUUAAAACCAUCAAUUUCAUUGUAUACUGUAAAAAAAUUAAUUACAUUCUGCUUUAGAACAGUUGUCUUAAAUUCAUGGAUAAUACUUUAAUAUUUCAUGAUCUGUUUUUAAAUAUAUUUUGUUAAAAAUGAUUUACUCCUGUAGAUCAAAUCAGUUUCUUUUUCUUUCUUUCUUUUUAAAAGACAAUAAAUCUACUCAAGAACCUUGCAGCACAGCAAAAUAAAUUUUGCAAGGCAUGUGUUACGAUUGUCCCUAUUUUCCAGUACUGGUAAAACAAUGUUCUGCUUUUAUUCCUGUUAUGACCUUUGAGCAGAUGCCUUUUAAAAUGUUGGAGGGGUAAAGAUACAUGCACUAGAGCUCCUCAGGUUUCAGCCCCUUCUCCUGAAUCUCUAGAAGUUAAAGAGCUGAGCAGGGAAUGGAUGUUGCUCAACUGUAGUGCACAAACAUGUAAAUAUGAAGACCUGGACACAAAAUGCCAGUGCUCUGUUUCUCUUCCUUCAGCCUCCUCCAUAACCACCUAAUGCUGUUAAUCAUGAUGAUGAAUGCAUCUGAGAUGUAAAUAUUCUGCAAAUACAGUCAGGUCCAUUUUGAGAUUAAACAUUCUUAGGAUA